GUAAACUAUGUACUUCGCGGUGUGAUUUUUCCUCGUUUAAUUCUGUGGAUCCCCUCGGAUGUAGACAGUGCCCUGGCAGUGGAUAUGGCGGAGGAAACAAGGUCCCAGGGGUGGUGCUCUAAGGUGAUCAGAAGCAAUCUUCUCGUCAUCCUCACGUUCGUUGGAGUGACUGUCGGUUUUGUUUUAGGAUACUGUGUUCGUCUUGCGAAUCCAUCACAAGAUGCCCUUAUAUGGAUCGGGUUGCCGGGGGAGAUGUACAUGAGGAUGCUGAAGAUGAUGAUUCUACCACUCAUCAUAUGCAGCGUCAUCGCAGGUACAGCAUCAUUAGACCCCAAGUGUAACGGAAGAGUGAGCCUUAUCUCUCUGUUUUACAUCAUCACCACCAACGCCAUCCCUGCUCUCGUCUCAAUCGCCUUAAUCGUCGCCAUCAAACCAGGUAAUGGCGUGGAUCUUACUUCCGGCAGCCAGAAGACCAUCACGCAGAUUAUGGAAACGCAGGAUAUAUUUGCCGAUCUCAUUAGAAAUCUGUUCCCUGACAACGUCGUCACAGCUUGUUUUAAACAGGCUCAGACGAAGUACCUGGUGACAGAAAGGGUCGUCACGGUAAACGAGACUGGCGGCAUCAUCAACAACACCAUUGUCGAUGUCGUGAAGACAGUUGGCUCUGCCGAUUCCACUAAUGUAUUAGGUCUGGUCAUCUGCUGCAUGAUAUUUGGGAUGGCGACAACAGCCUCGGGAGACAUCGGCAAACCCUUCUUCAUCUUCUUCCACUCGACAAGUGAGAUUAUCAUGAAAAUUCUGCGUUGGCUCAUUUGGUUCACACCAAUAGGAGUGGCCAGUCUUAUAGCAGAGGCACUGGCACGGGCAGGGAACCUGUCCGGAACAUUCCGAUCUCUGGGUAUGUUCGCGUUAGUGAUCUGUGCAGGGUUAGCCGUCUAUCAGCUCCUCGUCCACCCCAUCCUGUUCUUCCUCAUCACCAGGAUCAACCCCUAUCGGCGUCUCAUUACGUUAGGAAGACCCUGGAUGGUCACCUUCGCCACGGCGAGUUCGGCUAUCGCAAUUCCCGAGAUGCUCACCAUUCUUGAAGGAAAGGAGAACAAGGUUGACAAGCGCAUCGCACGCUUCGUCGUCCCCUUCGCUGCCAGCAUCAACAGGGACGGCAGUGUCAUCUACAUCAGCGCUGCCUGCGUUUUAUUGGCCAGCUCACCGACGAUGCUGACUCUCGUCAUCUCGGUGGCCAUCCCGUCAGUGCCCAGUGCUAGCAUCGUGGCCGUACUCAUCAACCUCACAGCUCUCGGUAUCCCAUCAGACAGUAUCGGCCUUCUCUUUGCCAUGGAGUGGAUUCUGGUGAUGGAGUAG